AUGCACUUUCCAGAUCGCAACUUUCCCCCACCCCCCUUACCUUCCACGCAAGUAUACCCUCUCUCACCCUCCCCACCAGCCACCCGCCCCUCCCCCCUACACAGCUGCUCAAAAUCAACACCAAAGACCUACCCCUCCUCCAGAUCUGGAUCAAACAAGAGCAGAUCAUCAGGGGAGCGGUGGAAAUUACCAGGGAUACGGCGAAGAAAUCACCAGGCAACAUCACCUCACCCUGGUGCUCGGGCAAUCAGCGCAAACAACAGCUUGCCCAGUGGUGGAACAAGUGCACAUAGUGCUGGAACAAAUGCAAGCACGGGAGCUGGGAGCCUUGGAGAGCAGACAAUAAGUGAACCAGCAACUCCAGAAUCUGCUGGGAUCGAUGCUGAUAUGGAAGGCAGCAACAUGGAGGCAUAUUCCACACCUAAGCCACCUUUGCAAGGGACAAAAUUUGACACCAUGGAGAGCGCACGUGACCACUACAGCACCUACGCGCGCAGAACUGGCUUUGCAAUUAGGCAGCAAUUCAAGAAAGAGAGGGUUGAUGGAACUAUAAGCAGGGUGCUACUAGUUUGUACAAAAUAUGGCAAACGACGCAAGGACAGGGAUGAGCUGCAAGAUGUGGAAAACCCAGACAGCAUUGUCAAGAAGAGGAAAAAAAAGAAAGUUGUUAGGACUGAAUGUGAAGCGCACAUGUACCUAUCCCACGAUGAUGCAUGGUGGACUGUUGACCGUUUCGAGGACACCCACAAUCACCCCCUGAUCAAAAAGCCUUCCCUAACAAAAUUCUUAUCAUCACAUCGGUACAUUCCGAAGGAGGAGCAGGACUUCUUGAGGGUUCUGCAUGGAUGCAACAUUGAGACUGCGAGGCAGAUGCAGCUGAUGUCAUGGUUCUACGGAAGCGCUAAAGACGUACCCUACACGACACAAGACAUUGCUAAUCAAUGAGCUAAGUUCCGCUUAGAGCACCGCCACAAGGACGUUGGGAGCACAAUUGCAUACUUCCAAGA